CGAAUAGCUCCGUCCUCCCUACGUGCAAGUGCACUCACUGGUUUCUGAAACGAUGGCUUUUGUAGACUAUAUAGUGCACUAUAUGUUGAAUUUGGAGCCGUUUGGGUUUCAGUCUGACACUUCCGGGUAAACAGUGCAGCUGGUACUGUUACUGUUACUAUUAAGUACAACACAAGAGAAUCACUUCCCGCAAUGUAACUAAAGGAAGAAACAACAUGAUUGAGAAAAGGCGUCAAGACGAAGAGGUCAGAAUUAGUGCAGACCUACUGACUGAGCUGCUGUCUGUGGAAAGGGCCAGCUUCUCCGGAGAAUGACGCGAUUUCGGCGCAAAAUAUGUGUGGCCUUGACUGCACUGGCCCUGUUCAUCUUGGUCAUUCUGAAAAUCCUGUCUCUGGAUGACAGGAUCUCGGGGGGUGGCUUUGGACUUGAAGUCUUUCCUCAGGAAAGGCAGGGAGAUGGUGCUGCUGAGAUUCAUGUCAUACCAGAGACGAGCGUGAUCAAAAAGAUGUGGAAGGAAAAGGUUGCGAGCAUCUUCGAUAGAGGUGCUCACGAGGAAGAUUUUCCUCCUCCAAAUUACAACGUACAUGUUUUCUACUACACGUGGUAUGGAACCCCUCAAUUUGAUGGGAAGUACAUUCACUGGAAUCAUCCACUUCUGCCACACUGGAACCCCAAAGUAGCGCCGGGCUACGCAACAGGAACACACAAGCCUCCAGAUGACGUCGGUGCCAGUUUCUACCCCGCCUUGGGGGCGUACAGCUCUCGAGACCCUUCUAUUAUAGAGGUUCAUAUGCAGCAGCUACGGACAGCAUCCAUAGGUGUUCUCGCAGUGUCCUGGUACCCGCCUGGCAUGAAGGACGAUAACGGUGAACCGACUGAAGACAUUGUGCCUUUGAUUCUGGAAGUAGCCGCAAAGUACAAAGUGAAGGUGGUUUUUCAUAUCGAGCCAUACAGAGGGCGCAGUGACAACACUAUGCUUGAAAAUAUCAAAUACAUUAUUGAGAAGUAUGGAGAUCAUCCUGCUUUUUUCAGAUACAAAUCAAGCACUGGAAAGCUUCUUCCAUUGUUCUAUAUAUACGACUCCUAUUUGCAAAGUCCAGAUAUCUGGGCGCAGCUGCUUAAGAGCACUGGGAAGAGAAGCAUCAGAAACACCCCAUAUGAUGGCAUCUUUAUCGGUCUUCUGGUGGAGGAGAAGCAUAAAGCCGAAGUCCUGGCUGCUGGCUUUGAUGGAAUUUACACAUACUUUGCAACUAACAGCUUUUCCUAUGGCUCCUCUCAACGGAACUGGAGAUCCAUAAAGGCUUUCUGCGAUAGCAACAAUUUGAUUUUCAUCCCCAGCGUAGGUCCAGGCUAUAUUGACACCAGCAUUAGACCCUGGAACGGUCAGAACACACGGAACCGCAUCAACGGCAAGUAUUACGAGACGUCUCUGAAAGCGGCGCUGGAGACCAGGCCCGAGAUCAUCUCCGUGACUUCGUUUAACGAGUGGCACGAAGGAACUCAGAUCGAACCAGCCAUACCUAAAACAAGAGGCCGGACUGCUUACUUAGAUUAUCUUCCCUACAAACCGUCUUUGUAUUUAGACAUUACACGCAGGUGGGCGGAGAAAUUCAGAGAAGAACAAGAGAAAUGGCUACAGUGACUCAUUCGAAUGCGAUUUGAAUCUGGAUGAAUGAAUUCUUAAUGAAAUGAAAUGUAACUAUUUACACUGAACUCAGCAUCUUAGUCAAGUAUUCAGUCACCUCGCUUGUGUUAAAUCCUAGACGACGUCAUCUAUGACGAGCAUCCAUCAAAUGUCCUUAUUGAAAUGACAGCGAGAAGAAGUAGUCUCCCAUACUGUCAGUUAAACACAUAAAUACAACCUUACAAUUAUUUUUAAAUCUGAAAAAAAUGCAGAACAUGAAUUUUGUUGAUUCUAGUUGAGAAAGUUGAUUGUUCUUCCGUUUCAUGGAUUGUUCAACAGAUUAUUCAUCACUUUUGAUUGAAAUCUAUGUCAUACUUGGUUUGCUUUGGCAAAACCUUUUGUCUGGGAAAACCCAUCAAAUGUCGCGAUGUCUGAUAUCUGAAAUCAGAGAGUUUUUCUGUCAAUAAAAUAAGCAACAUAUCUACGAAAACCUAAAUAUA